CGUGCUUCGACCGAAAUGUCAAAAUCGUUGCAUGGCGGCCCGUAGCGUAAAUACAACACAUUUUACUAGCGAAAUAUCAAUGAAAAACUCCGCAAAAUGUUAGUGACGGACAUAAAUAAUGUGAAAAUCUACAACCUCAGUGGAGGCAAAUCUGUUCCACAAUGGCUCACGGAUCGGAAGCAGAAAAAGGCGGCGAAGAAAAAUCCCGAUGCCGAUCGGCACAUCGAGCUAAUACAGGACUUUGAUAUGCCGGGGGUUGCUUCGUGCAUUGCCAUCUCACCCGAUGGGCAGUACAUUCUGGCGACGGGGACGUACAAACCGCGCGUAAAGUGUUUCGAGGUGUGCAAUCUUUCGCUAAAGUUUGAACGGUGUUUCGAUUCGGAGGUGGAAAAGUUUGCUAUCCUUUCGGAUGAUUAUAGCAAGAUUGCGUUCCUGCAUGCGGAUCGGUACGUGGAGAUACAUGCGGCAGCGGGGCGGCACUAUCGGUUGCGCAUACCAAAGUUUGGCCGGGAUUUGGUUUACCACAAGCCGACGUGCGACUUGCUGUUCGUGGGUACGUCACCGGAAAUCUAUCGGUUGAACAUGGAGCGGGGACAGUUUCUGCUGCCGUACGCAAGCGAAACGGCCAGUGCAAUCGACAGCAUCACGAUCAAUGCGGAACAUCAGCUCGUGUGUGUCGGUACGCAGGAAGGAACGAUCGAGGCGUGGGACUAUCGGGACAAGAAAUGUUGCGGCACGCUCGAUGUAGCUGCCAAUCUGCAAAACACAAAAGACGUUGCAGCCGUUACGGCGCUACAGUUUAAGGGCGGCCUAACGCUAGCGGCCGGAACAUCCACGGGCCACGUGCUGCUGUUCGACAUUCGGGCACGCAAUCCGAUCGCGGUGAAAGAUCAUCUAAAUCAGCUGCCGAUCAAAAAGAUACGCUUUCAGCCGGAUCAAAACUCGGUGUACUCGCUCGAUGCGGCUAUGCUGAAGAUUUGGGACGAGACGUCGCUGAAGCAGAAGGCAUGCAUUGAGUCGCGCAGUAAUUUUAACGAUUUUGCACACUUCCCCGGCAGUGGGUUGUUUAUGUUCGCGCAGGAAGACACGAAAAUGUUACCGUAUUACAUCCCAAGCGAAGGACCGGCACCGAAGUGGUGCUCAUUCCUGGACAAUUUGGUGGAGGAAAUUGCUUCCGAAUCGGUACAGAACGUGUACGACGAUUACAAGUUUAUCACGAAACAGGAGCUGGCCGAGCUGAAACUGGACCAUCUGGAGGGUACGCAGAUGUUGCGCGCUUACAUGCAUGGGUUCUUCAUCAACAUUCGGCUGUACAACAAGGCGAAAGCCGUCUCGGACACGUUUGCGUUCGAUGGAUUCCGCAAGGAAAAGAUUCGCAAACAGAUUGAAGCUAGCCGUCCUGCUCGUCUUCAGCUUAAAUCGGCCCUGCCGAAGGUGAACCGCGAGCUGGCCAAACAUCUCAUGCAGGAGGAACACAUGAGCAACGCGAAACGUAGCGCCAUAGCGAAGGGAUUGCUGGGUGACGAUCGGUUCAAGCAGAUGUUCGACAAUCCGGACUUUGAGAUCGACAAGGAGGCGGACGAUUAUCGGCUGCUUAGUGCGGUGCUGAAGCGUGCCGAUCGUGAUAAGGCACGAAGGAAGGAAAAUGUGGUCGUCACCGGGCUGGAUGAGGAAGACGAAGGCAAGAGCACGGAUGAUGAUCUGUACAGCGAGAAGAGUGAAAGUGAGAAGGAAGAGGAAUCGGACGAGGAAAAGGAGGAAGAAGACGAGGAAGAAGUUCCGGCGCGUCCGAAACCGGGCCAUAAAAAGGUUAGGAAGCUUCCGGUGGUGAGCGGGGAAGCGGAUGAAGCUGAAGAUGGCGGAAAGGAGUUUUCUCUGAACGUAGAAGAAGGAGCCAACUUUGACAUCAUACAACCGGCCAAGAAAAUUCAAUCCGUUUCCCUUGGCAAGCGGGUCAAUAAGCUGGAACACGCCACCACGAACGUGCUCUUCCAGAAUGGUGUCGGCAGACGGGAAAUAACCUUCACCACUACCGGCCGAUCGCAGAGUGGCAAAAGUGGACAGGACCGGGAACGGGCACGCUAUCAAUCGGAACUGAAAAAACACAAAGAAGAACGUCGGCAAGUGAUCCGUUCGGCGAAGGGUGUGAUCAAAAAGACGAUCAUGAAGAAACACUAAAUUCGAACUACCGAGAGAGAGAGAGAAACAGAGAAACAGGUUUAUUCCCGGUGCGCCUUAAUAAACCGAUCCCGAAAGAACCUCCAACAGUGCUAAGGAAA